GAAUAAUAUUAAUUAGAUGUUUAGAUCUGACAAUUGACAAGUGAGAAUAUGUGAGAUUCUUUCUCCUAGUCCUAUGUUUUCCGUUCAAAGCUUGUCACUUUUACGCUCUAAUUUUCUCUCUCCUCCUCCAUUGAAGCGCAUACUCUGAGCUUUUUCUACUCCAUUGAACCAACUUCUGAGGUAGAAGCAAACCAACCUAUAAGGCGAAUCAAACGGAUCAAAUGAUCCAUUUCCUUGUAAUAUUCCCUCCAAAACUUGAAGCAGAGGGAGGCCAACACAGCGCUUUCUUUGUAAGCGGGAUAAAAGUUUUAGUGUGAGAGUUACAUAUAUAAGCAUCAUAUUUAUGGAGGCUGAUGGAUCUAAGAGUAUUAGUAGAGAAGGUACCACACAUGCAAAUGGUGGCGCAAAUGAUUCGUGUGCGGAUGAUGAGCUUGACCCCUGGACUGCUUGGGCUUACCGACCUCGGACAAUCACAUUGUUAUUCAUUGGUGCUUGUUUCUUAAUCUGGGCUAGUGGAGCUCUUGAUCCCGAGAGCAGCAGAUCAGAUGAUGUUGUUACUUCAGUCAAAAGGGGUGUAUGGGCAAUGAUUGCAGUGUUUCUUACUUACUGCUUGUUACAAGCUCCUUCAACGGUCCUUAUACGACCACAUCCUGCAAUUUGGCGCCUAGUUCAUGGAAUGGCUGUCGUUUACCUUGUUGCUCUGACAUUUUUGCUUUUUCAGAAGCGUGAUGAUGCUCGCCAGUUCAUGAAAUAUCUUCAUCCAGAUCUUGGUUUUGAACUUCCUGAAAGAUCAUAUGGCUCAGAUUGUCGAAUAUAUGUUCCUGAAGACCCCAACAACAGGUUUAAGAACCUUUAUGCAACAAUAUUUGACGAAUUUUUCCUGGCGCACAUUCUUGGAUGGUGGGGCAAGGCGAUUAUGAUUCGGAAUCAGCCCUUGCUCUGGGUAUUAUCCAUUGGAUUUGAAAUGAUGGAGCUAACCUUCCGUCAUAUGCUACCAAAUUUCAACGAGUGUUGGUGGGAUAGCAUCAUUUUGGACAUCCUGCUCUGCAAUUGGUUUGGUAUUUGGACUGGUAUGCGUACUGUGAGAUAUUUUGAUGGGAAAACUUAUGAGUGGGUUGGAAUAAGCCGCCAACCAAAUAUCAUUGGCAAGGUUAAACGUACUUUAGGACAAUUUACACCUGCGCGGUGGGAUAAAGAUGAGUGGCAUCCACUGCUUGGUCCCUGGCGCUUUGUACAAGUUCUCUUUCUGUGCAUUGUGUUUUUGACAGUGGAGUUAAACACAUUUUUUCUCAAGUUCUGUCUUUGGAUUCCUCCCCGCAAUCCCAUCAUCAUCUACAGGUUGAUUUUAUGGUGGCUAAUUGCUAUUCCAACUAUACGGGAAUACAAUUCAUAUCUACAGGACAGGUAUACAAAUCCUUCCUUUUUAUGGCCUAGAAAACCAAUAAAAAAGGUGGGGGCAUUAUGCUGGCUUGCCUUGGCUAUCUGCAUUGUCGAGUUACUCAUCUGUAUCAAGUUUGGACAUGGAUUAUACCCAAAUCCAAUGCCUCUGUGGCUGGUGAUUUUCUGGACGUCGUUUGGUGUAGGAAUUUUGAUAUUUUUGUUGACAUGGACUUGGAAAUUGCAAAAAUAUUCAGAGAAGAAGAGAGACUAAUUUACAUUACAUGAGGAUCGUGGGGAUGGUUCAUGCCUUAACCUUUCUUGACUUGUAGCUGUUCGACUGUAAAUACUUUUUUUUUUCCCAUGCAAUUUGUAAAUGCUCAUUGUUUAAACAUUAGAUCACAAUUUUCCUUUUAGAGGUAUUUUUUCAGGUCUUGAAGAGUUAUAGGUUAAUAUUUUCCUUCUAAUCUAGGUUGUGGAUAUGUCUUGUUCCAUUACUAAUUUUGGUCAUCUUGGUUGUAUUCUUUCAUUCUUCAGUAUUGUUGUAUAACUUGUAUUGUACAAAUGAGCACUAUUUAUUUGAAUGCCCUAAUGGAGAAUUCUCGGUUU